CCUACCCUCCCACUUUUGUUGGUCCGCGAGGAAGUCGCAAGAUGGCUGACAUCGCUUGGAAGUAUGUUCCCUUCCUCAACAUGAAGUCGUGAGUGUGGAAGAAAGCGAGGGAGGCACCAUCGGGCGUUUGUUUUUAUUUUAUUUUAGUUAUUUUUUCUUUAAUUUCUCCAAACAUCCAUUUCAUUCCGCAUCGUGUUUGUCCCAGAGUUGUCUUUGCGAGUUGACGCGUCAGUCACGCCGGGGACCCAGCUAACUAAAUUAGCCAGCUAGCUACAGCAGUUAACGUUAGCAAGCUAGGUUGCUAACUAGUUAGCGAACUAUAGCUAGCGAAGUCAUAUUUUUAUAUCACGUCGGCCAGGUAACUAGUACGUCUCAGUAAUUUGAAGUAGACUUACGGUUAAUAUCAAUAUUUCAUCUGUCAAAUUUAGAAUUACUCUUCCGUCAUGAUCGGUUACUAAUGCGCAGCGUUUCUUCACGUUAAUCAGGAUUAUUGUUUGAGUUGGAAGCAUCGCCCAAAUCACAACAUAACUGUAGCUAGCCAUCAUCAGCUGUCAGUAACAUUUCUGGUGUUAUUUUGUUAGUUACAUACAGAACUAACUAGCUAAACUUUGACUGUUUUUUUGGCAGUUUACCAAAAAUACUGCUGGGAAUGGAAAAACAAUUAUACACACACGACCAAAAUUAGAAGAUUGGUGUUGCACUCUAGCUAACUACUCAAGUUGUUACCAAAUAAAAAGUUAACUAGCUCGCUAACUAGUUAAAAAGUGAAUCUCUCGGUCUGGUCAUCUUGUUUGACAGGCUAGCUAUUAUUUGCAUGGUUGGUAACUCGUCGUGUUUGAGUUGGGGUUGGCAGCCAGUCACACUGAGACAAGUUAGCCGCCAGGUUCUAGCCAGCUGCGGUCUCGACCCUCACAUCAACUACCACCACGGCGUUCCGAACGUACCCCGAGCCCUCCCCCGGCCAGACCCACCGGCUCAACAACACCGGUAUGGGCGUGCAGGGCUUCCAGGAGUAUCUGGAGAAACGGUGUCCCGGGGCUGCGGUCCCUGUGGACCUCCUCAAACUUGCCCGUAUUACGGGCCGCCAGCCCCCGCACCAUCAUCACCACCCACACCACCCGAGCCAUAUGCCUCCUCCACCGCCACCCCCCGCCCGCAUACUCAUCGAUGCUGACUCCGGCCUUCAGCGCCUCUAUGGCGGCUACCAAACUGACUGGGUGUGCGGUGGGGAGUGGAACGCCAUGCUUGGCUACCUGGCCGCGCUCUCCCAGGCCUGUCUGUACCAGGGUGGACUGGAGCUUGUGGUGGUAUUCAACGGGACCCUUGGAAAAGAGCGGUGGCCGGAGUGGGCGAGGCGUGCACAGGGACAACGACAGACGGCCCAGCUCAUCGUCAACCACGUCGGCAGCAAGGCCACCCCGCCUCCACGCGCCUGGUUCCUACCCCCGGCAUGCCUCAGUCACUGCGUGCGACUCGCCAUGUUCCGCUUUAGAGUGCGGGUUGUGCAGACGUUGGAUGACCACCACCGGGAGGUGUUGUCCCUCUACAGGGACUUCGGUUUCUGUGGCCUGAUCGCCCAGGACUCAGAGUUUGCCCUCUGCAACGUGCCCGCCUACUUCUCCUCGCAUGCGCUCAAACUGUCCUGGAACGGCAAGAACCUGACUACCCACCAGUACCUUCUCUCUGAAGCCGCCAGACAACUGGGCCUGAAGACACCACAUCUGCCGUGCUUUGCUGCUCUGCUCGGGAACCAUAUUCUCCCAGAUGAAGACCUGGCUGCCUUCCACUGGAGCCUCUUAGGGCCAGAACACCCCCUGGCCUCACUCAAGGUGCGUGCCCACCAAUUGGUGCUGCCACCCUGUGAGGUGGUAAUCAAGGCGGUGUCUGAAUAUGUGUCGUCGAUCAAAGAUCUGGGAAACCUGGAUGCCAUCGCCAGGGACGUCUUCAAACAGUCACAGUCUCGUAUGGAGGACAAGGUUGAGCGUUUUAAGAAGGCUGUGGAGUAUUUCUCAGCUGCCUCUAAACCCCGCCCACUCUCCAUGGGACCCUCCCCCUAUCUGGUGCCGGGGUUUGGUCCGGCUCCGUUUGGUGGACCUCCUGGUCACAUGGGGGCGAUGCAGCCUGGAAAGAACCAGUUCCCUCCCCAGGGGGUCAAACAACCCUAUCAGAAUGCUCCGUAUGGGCCAGUCCCAGCCUCUCUCUUUCAGAACCCGCCACCUCCCCUACCGGACUGCAACGAUUCACUGCCAGGGAAAAUGGCCUUCACCGAUUGGUCGGCUCCAUAUGACCAGGGAGGAAGUAGAUUACCAAAUCACCACGUGGCCGUGCCCUCAGGCCCCUCCCCCUCGCCUUCAUCAUCUUCUGAUGGUGACGAGCCCAACGACAGUAGCAACCAUCUGACAGACAAGUCCUCCAGGUGGGACGAUCCAUCCGGUCGGGGGGGCGGAGGGGAUGGUUCCCACGGUAACGGGAGUGGGUCCAACAUUCCAUCGCUGUUGUCAAUGGCAACAAGGAGUCAUAUGGACAUAACCACACCCCCUCUGCCCCAAGUCAGUGCUGAGGUGUUGAGAGUAGCAGAACACAGACACCGAAGAGGCCUGAUGUACCCUCAAAUCUACCACAUACUGACCAAGGGAGAGAUGAAGAUGGCGGUCUGUAUUGAGGAUGAGUGUAACAGUGAUCUUCCUCCAGCCUCUCUGUUGUUCAGAGCUGCUAGGCAGUACAGCUACGGUGUUCUCUUCAGCCUUGCCGAAACACACAGACGCCUCGAGAGACUGGCCAUGCGCAAGAGAGGACCUCUGGAGGUUCCUCCUGUCAUAGUGAAGGAAUGGUCUAGUGGUAAAUCCAAGUCGGCGCUGACCCCAGAGCUGGUUCCGGCGCUGUGUUUCCGUGAGUGGACUUGUCCUAACCUGCGGAGGCUGUGGCUGGGCCGGGCCAGUGAGGACCGCUCCCGUCGGACCAGAGCCUUUCUGGCCUGCCUCCGGUCCGACUGCCCCGCCCUGCUCAACCCAGCACAGGUCCCACAACACCUGCUGCUCAUGUGCUGCGUGCUGAGGUACAUGCUGCAAUGGCCAGGUGGUCGAAUCCUUCAGAGACAUGAGUUAGACGCCUUUCUGGCUCAGGCUGUUUCCAAUCAGCUCUACGAACCAGACCAGCUACAGGAACUCAAGGUGGAGAAGGUGGACAGUCGCGGGGUCCAGCUGGCGUCUCUCUUCAUGGCCGGUGUGGACACGGCCCUGCUGGUCAACGACGUGUGUGGCCAGCCCUUACCCUGGGAGCACUGCUGCCCCUGGGGGUUCUUCGACGGGAAGCUGUUUCAGACCAAACUGGCCCGCGCUGCCCGUGACAGGCAGGCCCUCCUCGACAUGUGUGAAGGACAGGAGGAGCUGGUGUCUCGUGUGGAGAAGAUGCGCCAGGCCAUCCUCGAGGGCAUUAACUUCACUCGCCCCCCUCCCCCUCCACCCCCACUCCCUCCCCCUUCCUUCCUCCCCCCGCCUAACAUGGUGCCCCCCUUCUACCCGCUGCCCCCCCUCUACCCUCCCCGGCCCAUGGGCAACAUGCCCCCCCACCACCACCCUCAUCAUCACCAUCCUCAUCAUCCUCACCCAGCACAGCACAGACCCAGAGCCUUCCCUGGUCUGCAGUCAAUCCCCCCCCAGGGAGGGAAGUUAGAGAUCGCCGGCAUGGUGGUGGGCCAAUGGGCUGGGAACAAACCACUGCGUGGCCGAGGGGGCUUCAUGCAAGUGGUGUCUGUCGGCACAGGGAAAGGAAGGGGUAAGGACAUUGCACUGAAAGCAGGUCGAGGAGGAAAAAAGACCUCAUCCUCCCCCCCCUCUACCAGCCCACAUAAGCCCUUAGAGGAGGAGGGAUCUAACUCUGGAGGUGUGGCCCAGCAGCUGAACGGCAGCUCUGCGGCCUCUACAAUUGGCCAGCCGCUGGAUCUGCCCCAACUGGCCCAGCCAACCCCGUGUGCCUUAGCCAGCAGAGACAACCAAUCAGAAGAGGUCCCCUGUUGCCUUGACGACUGUCCCUCAGACGGAGCACUUACAAAGGAGGAGUGAUGAGGCUUUCUAUACCAGAAUGCACCAUGGGGUUCUGAGAGUCGUCUGUGUUCUACUGCCUUCCCCUGUCUGUCUAUAAGCUCCGCCCACCAACACAACCGCCAGGAAGUCAGAGGGGGAGAUGCUCUGCACGAUCAGUAGAUUGGAUUGGUAAUUGAGGUGUUCUACUAGCCCCUCCCCCUCCCUAUGAUGCUCUGUGAUUGGUUGAGCAGAGCAGUAAGCCCCACUCCUUGAUUUUGUCAUGUAUUUUUAUUGGAUCUUAACAAUGAGAGUUUAUUUCUCCAUGAGUUGAUAUGUAUUUUAGCCUUGCCCUUACAUUUAAAGUCCCUCCCCAUAAGCCUGCCCUUGAAGCCCCCCCCCUUUGCCCAUUGCUAUAGUAACCCAAGCACACUUAUGUUAUAAUAAUCCCUCCCCAGUGAUUAUAUUGAUAUGAGUCCUCCCCAAUGAUAAUAAUAUUAUGACUCCUCCCCAAAAAUAUGAAUGAUAUUAUGACUCUUUCCCAAUUAUGUUAAUUAUAUUAUGACUCCUCCCCAAUGAUGAUAAUGACAUUAUGACUCCUCCCCAGUGGUAAUGUUGACAUUAUGAUUAUUCCCUAGUGAUAAUGAUAUUGUGCGGAACCUCUCCCCAUAGAUGUGAUCUACACUCUCUUAGUGGAACCGUUUAGCUGAGACCAAACGUGUUUAAUGGUAAUACUGUGUUUACACACAGACACACUUAUAUUGGCACAACACACAUUUCAGGUAGAGCGUUAGUUGCAGUGCCUGGGUUUGGUUGCCCUUUGCGCCGCAGGGUAUGAGGUCAGUGUUCUGAGGUUCAAAUUGUAGAUGUAUUGAAGAAGGUAGAUUAAAAGAGAAGAAUGACUAAACAAGUCCCCCAAUUUAAUAGCAAUAUUGAUCUACUAUCAUUAGCCAUGUCGCUGACCGCCCAGAAUGCUAGCAAUGUUAGCAGUGCCCUGCCCAAACCCCUGCGUCGCUAAUCCCUGUGAGCAUUAGCGUGUUAGCUUUGCAUAGCAUUAUCCAGAUUCUUAAAUAGCAUUUGCACUGCUAGCCUGUUAGCGUGCUAAGUUACCCCCUAAGUUAGAUGCAAUGUAUGUAUGCACCUUAACCUGUUGCCCCAACGUAUGCAAGCUCUUAGCCUCAUGUAUUUAUACUGUGCAUUAUCCCCAUGCUUUGAUUGUAUCCCAAUGGUGAGCAUUCAUUAAUGUUGUAUUCACUGUGAUGUUUAUUGAUUUAUUUUGAUUAUGGAUGACCAGACCCCUGGACACUUCUUCCAAACUAGAAAAUCACUUUGACCCUUGACAUCCAUGGUCUACUUUAACUUGACCUUUGACCUAAAAUACAUAUUUUACCUUUUAGAGAGCUCAUUAGUGAACUGACCCUGUCUGAAUGUGAACAGAGUGUUCUUCAGAAGAAGCACUUUGUUUUAAAAUGUUUGAAUCCUACUGGAUUGUCCUCGUCCAGGUUAAAACACUGAGGCAACAACACAGGCCAAAUAUGGUGCCAUGUCAGAGGUCCGGGGUAAGAGGUCAGUACUGACCCUGAUUUACCCCUCCCCUUCUGACUGGGACCAUGUCUAAAUGAACCGAAGGCUACGUUUCAUGGCGCCUCGUUCUUACCAAGAUCUGCACUACUGCUCCUGUUCACCAGAAGCACUGCAUUAUGGGAAAUAGGUUGCUGUUAGAGACCAGACCUGAGGAAGUCCCAAAGCAUAGACCCAGACCUGCCCUUUCAGCUUGCUGGCCAAUCAGGAGAGGCCUGGUAAAACACUGCCUGGUGAUUGGUUAUCGAUAGCCCAGCGUUUUAAGCUCUUUAACCAACGGGAAGCACUUUCCACAAAUCACCUAGCGUAGCAGCGGGUGUUUGGAGUGGGAACAAUUGUUCUGCCCACAGUCUGAAGAUAAAAUAAUAAAACAUUUGAUUUGUCAUUAUGUUAUGUAGGAUAACAUUUGUAUCCCCUUAAUAUGUCCUGCUCUGAGACGAAUCAGAGUAAUAACUUGUUAAAGUUAGUAGAUCUAGACUACAAGGAGAAAUCAGAGCCAUUUGCCUACCUGGGUGAGAGGAGAGCAGGCCAAUAUACUGCCAGUCUCCUGGCCAUCUUUAGAAAUAAGGAACUGAAUGAACUACCCCAGACUGUCAGACCAAGGCUUUUCCCUUUAUACUGGCCUACAGUUGGCCAGAACCACCGGGCCGCCUCCCUGUCCCUGGGUCCAUAGUAGGCCAUGACAUAGGGACAGGAACUCCUUACAAGGCAACAUGAUGGAAGCACCUUAUUUUCUUACCAUGUCAACCACUUCAUGCUCCAUAUCUACCAAUGUGAGCACUGAGAAGGUCCACGAGAAGCUGUCUGCGAGACUUGACUGAGGCAAACCCUGAUCAGAUUUAACAGGUCCCAGGUGGACCAAUCAUCCCUACAGGAUAGGUCCUCUUCCUUCUCACGAAGAACACUAUUGUGGAACUUUCACAUCAGGGCCCAAAGGCAUCUGAUCAAAAGUUAUGCACUUUGUGUAGGAAAUAGGAUUCUAUUUGGGACAGUGUGGGAGUGUUAACGUUCAAAUCUCUCUGAGCCCACCGCUACAAUCUGUUACGGUGAGAAGCAACAAGCAGCCUGUUAACUAAUAAAAACUAGAAUUGACUGGUUAUGUGAUGGGUGUGUGAAGCAUACAGAGCAGGGUGCUGCUAGGAGCGUAGAAACCAUAUUGGAUCACAGCCCAAACUACCAUAAUAUAUAUCUCAAUAGGCUAAUCACAGACCAAACUACCAUAAUAUAUCUCAAUAGACUAAUCACAGACCCAAACUAUCAUGAUAUAUACAUGGGUUUGGGAUCCUACAGGUGAUGCUAAUGGCCAGCAAAACCUGUUUAAAAGCAGAUCAGCUCUGCCUUGGUUGUUGAAAUGAACUGGGAACUUUAGCAGUCUGGUUUUAACCCGGAGGUCUCUGGGCAGCCUAGCUGACCGAGUCCAACCUCUUGGCUAGAAAAGAUCAUUACUGGCCGCCACCACAAACACAGUACUACUUUAACUGUUAACAUUAAUGCAGUAUGACAUUACUGCAGUACCAUGAGACGCUGUGGCCCUGCCGCACCAACAUCAGUGUAGUCAUGGCCGGGAGUCCUGCUGAUGUCAUACUCACUGGCAGGAUUACACACACACACACACCCCUGUCGAACGAUACUCUUAUGUACACACACCGUAAACUCGGUUAUAACGAUACUCGUGUACACACACCGUAAACUCUUAGUGAUGGCCAUCUGCUGUCGUUUUGGGUGAGGUGUGGUUUCCAUAACUCUGUGGCAGAAGCAAAGAUGGACUGGUAACACUUUUAGAAACUGUUACCGAACUGCGGUCUGACACACACACACACACACACACACACACACACAGCUCUCUGGACUGGCUCGUAAGAAUACUCAUACACACAUUGAUGUCAUUCAGUAGUUAGCAUGGAUGAAUUCAAAAACGUGAUUGAACUUUCCCAUUGUUAUUCGCCUCUGAUUUAGCUUUUGUUAGAUUUUAUUGAUCAGUGAUUUUAUUGCAUAAUAGCUUAAUAACCCUCAAUAUACCAUCAUACUGUUUUCUCAUUCCCACCCCCCUCUUUCUCCACCCACUUCUCUUUCCCCAGCCCCAUCUCUUACUCCACCCAUUAUUUUUUAUGCUAGUUCAGCUUGAAGAAGUCUGUAGAGCACACAGGUUCACAAACACACGCUGAUAGACACACUCAGAUACUGUUUCACAAACAAUGAAACAUAUCCUACACACUGACACCCACACCUCAUAUGUUUAUCGCCUGGCUGCCCAAACUCCCUCCAGCUAAACGCUACACCAUGCCCACCCACUUUCCCCUCUGCUUCUGAAUACCUCCCUGAGUACUCCAGCUAAACGCUACACCAUGCCCACCCACUUUCCCCUAUGCUUCUGAAUACCUCCCUGAGUACUCCAGCUAAACGCUACACCAUGCCCACCCACUUUCCCCUAUGCUUCUGAAUACCUCCCUGAGUACUCCAGCUAAACGCUACACCAUGCCCACCCACUUUCCCCUCUGCUUCUGAAUACCUCCCUGAGUACUCUUGGUUGCAACUUUUAUGAAAUUGUUGGCUUUGGCAAGAUCCGUUUUUUUUAAAUGUGCAAUUGGCUUUGAUGCUUUGAUUGGAGAUGAUCCAAUAGCUGAUUACUUAGUUUCCCACAACACCCUUCAUUUUGACAUUGCCUACACGACUCAGAAUGAACCAUGUAGCAAACAGUACUGCAGCAGAAGAUUUAAAUUUGAGUCGUCAGGCAAUCUUACUCCCCAUCAUUCUCAGUAUCACCUGCUGCUCUCUUUUUCUUCUAGAACUGUUUCCAUUGGCUCUUUCUGACCCCUCCCCUAACCAAACCCACUAACAGUAAAGGCUAUAUUAUUAUUAACUUUAAUUAUUGAUUAUCAGUUUCUCUUUGUGAACUAGCCAGAGUCUAGAAGAAAAAAGUCAACAAAAAAGACAAAAUCAAACCUUUAUUCAAAUGUGUUUUUGCUUAAUCUUGAAUGUCUCUUUUAACCCUGCUUUUUGUCACAGCAACCGUUAGUUCUGAUAUACGCUUUAGCAAACCAUAGAGAUUUAAACUGUACCCAUUUGCGAUUUUCCUUCUGUAUUUGAUGUCAUCAAUCGUUUUAAAGAGCACUUCGCUGUUGUUUAUGUCAGUUGAGUAUGGCCCGUCAACAUUUUUUAGAAUAAUCAUCGUCUCUGCGCUACGUACGUAUAUUCUCGUACAUUCUCGUAUAUUCUCGUAUUCUCAUCCCUUAAGAUUUCAUGGUCAACUCAUUCUCAAGUGAAGCUGAACUUUGCACCACGUUAAGUCUCUCAUUACCACCCUGAGAACCAGUCGUCGUCCCCCCCCCGUGAUGGUAUGCCCCACAAUAUUGACCUGUCGAUGACCUAUCAUGGGAGACAUUCUAUGAUGUCACAGCACGUGCUUGGUUUACCCUAAAAGAUUGGAGUUUUGUGAUGAGUAGAACAGAAGUGUAUUGGUUCUAGUAGAACUGUAUUUGAAUGUUUCAGUACAUGUAUGUAAAGCUACACUGACUGAUCCAGAUAGGAUCUACCUACUGAGACAACUCUCCCACAUUUCACAUUGGCACCCUUUUUUCUACGUGAAUGUACGAAAUAGGGUGACAUUAGGGAAUCAACCAGGGAGUGGAAAUAGUCAUGUGAGCAGUCAGUUUAGGUCACAUGAUGAUGUGAUGUCAUACAGGUGUCAGUCUGUGUCUACUAAUAACAUGUACUGUACUAACACGUGUACUACAUCACGAUCUCAAACAACUAACACGUGUACUACAUCAUGUUCUGAACCAACUAACACUUGUACUACAUGUAAACUGUAAACCAGCAGUAAUGUGUGUACUACAUCAUGUACUGUAAGACGCCCCGCCCCCCCCAAAACAGUACAGUAAAGGGUUAAUCUUCAUGACUAUUAUUAUUGCUGUUAUUAUGAUUAUGAUGGGUAUAAUUUGUCAUCGUUAGCUAAAUGGAAGCACCAGAAUGUUGUGGAGAGAGAGCUUUUAUAUUUGUCUGGCUGUGGAGGAAGUGAUGUCACAGGAGGACAGGAACAGGAAGAAGGGAGAGGCGUGAUGUAAAGAGGGCGGUCGUAUUUGUACGGUUGGGAAACGACUUACAGUGCUGAAAUAAAAUUUAUUCUUUUAGUAAAAAAGAACUUA